AUGGCACGCGAAAUGGAGCUCCAUCGCGCCGGCGGCACCUUCAUCGGCCGCAUCGACAUCGACCCUUCGGCAGCGCUCGCUGCCAAUCACGAGACGACACACAACAAGAAGGCGGCGCAGAAGGCGACGCAGUGGGCACUGAUUCUCGACAACUCGGCGUCCAUGGGCCAGUGGUCGGCGCGCGUGGUGCAGCACGUCUUCCCGGCCCUGCUUCGCCGGCUCGGCGUCUCGGACAACGACAAGCUGCUCCUGAUUCUCUUCGCCAGCACGGCGGAGGUCUUCGAUAUCCGCGCGUGCGAGCUGCCGCACUUCAAGCUGCCGCGGCAGGGCUCGACGCAGAUGCGCGACGUCUUCGCACACCUGCCGGCGCGGCUCACUCCUGGCCGCCGCACCAACAUCCUGGUCGUGUCCGAUGGUGCGGUGCACGAUCAGGAGGCGUCCGUGGCAGCCGCCUCGGCCAUCGCGGCGCAGCUCACGGCGCUCAUGCCCAUUGUGACCGCUGCCGCGGUGCGGCUGAUCACGUCGGCUCGCGCCGAGCCCGACACUCGCGCCCUCGCCGCGUGGCUGCAGUUCAACACUGCAGCUGGCGAGCGCUCCGCAAUCGCCGACCUCGACGUGCACCACUUGCCCGACCUCGACGGCGUGGUCGACGGCGUGGUCGACGGCAUGGCCUCGCUCUUCGACGGCGCGGCGACGGCCUCCGCGUUCACGCUCACCACCGAUCCGCCGGCCAUCCACGUGCAGCCGUGGGACGCGACGGCGGUCGGCACGACCUACCUCAAGCCCGGCCCCAACGCCAUCUUCCUCGCCGCGCAGCCCGACACGGUCCUGCUCAACGGCGAGCGAGUGCGAGUGACGCUGGCGCCGGAGCCCGUCACCACCGACACGCUGGCCGCGCUGGUGGGCGACCGCGUGGACGCCUUCCUCGCAAAGCUGCGCGUCCUCAAGGUGAUCGCGAGCGAGCAGGCGACGGAGGAGAUGCAGCGCAUCGUCGCCUUCUGGCAGGGCUUCGAGGCCGCCCUCGCCCCGCCGGCCGACUUUGCGCCCCUGCUCGCCGAGGGCGGCCUGCGGUCGCGCCGCCAGUACCUGCUCGCCGCGACGCAGCGCAAGCUCAAGUCGAUCACGAACGCAAUGCGGGCCGUCGCCAACGACGACCGCGUCGCGCGCCUCAACGCGUCGCAGCAGGCGGACUACCUGCGCACGACGCAGGUGGGCUCGAAGAAUGGGCGCGGCCUCGCCAAGCGCGCGGAGGCGGCGGGCCUCGACUUCGACCGCACGGUGCGCGACGAGAUCCGGGCGAUGGCUGCGCACCUGCACGAGCUCGAGGGCGUGGACGACUCGCAGUGGUCCGUCUCCUUCUUCUCGCAGGCGACGACGCUCGACGGCGUGCGCGAGGUGUGCGCCCUCGCCUCCGCCGACGCCUUCGACUCCCUCCUCGCCAUCGAGCUGCUCGAGCUGCUCAACCUGGUCGGCGUCUGCGUGGCCGCACCCGUCGGCGACUUCCCCGAUCCGAUGACGUACCGCGUCGACGCGCUGCUGCCGGGCGCGUGCGUCUCGGUGGCGGAUCUCACCGUGGCGGAGAAGGGCCGCGGCGGGCGGCUGCUCCACCCGACUUCCCGCCAGCCGAUUGCCAACGCCGUCCCGCUGUUUGAGGACGUGCGCCUCCAGCGCUUCCUGCAGCGGCACGCGCCGUCGACGCUUGAGUGCAUCGCGUCGGUUGGCAUGCGGCGCAUGAUCUGCGAGGUGCCGAAGACGCUUCCGUACACCAUGUGCGCGGCGAUCUGGCAGCUGGUCGGCGCGAUGGACGCCGAUCGCUCCCAGCUGCACGUCGAGCUGCUCGCCACGCUGGCACCCUCGUACGAGCUGUCGCUCAAGGACAAGGAGGGCACCGGCUACUUUGACUACCUGAUGCCCCUGCUGGUGCGGCCGCGCCACCCAGAGGAGAAGGAGUUCUUCCUGAAUUUCAACGGCAUCACCAACUGCAUCCAGCCGCUCUGGCGCCUCGCGUGCGAGGGCGAGCACCGCACGCUACCGCGCAUCCUGCGCGCGCUCUACUCCUUCGAGUGCAAGAACCAGCCAGAGGGCUACGCGAUGGAUACGCUGCGCCAGCUUCUCGGCGUCGACCUUGCGGCGCGGGGCACGCCGCUGCCCGCGCCCUUCACCCGCCCCGCCGAGCUGCGCCACUGCGAGGCGCGUUUCGUCGACGAGGCGCUCUUUGGCGAGCUGAAGCGCGACCUGUCCUUUGUGCACGCGUGCACGCUGAUCGUGCCGCUCUUCUCUGCAGAGCGCAUCGACCGGGAGACCGGGGAGCCGCUGCUCCCUGAUCUUGGCGCGAACGGGGGCGCCGCGGGCGCGGAGGCGUGCGCCCGAUUCCUCGAGGCGCAGUACGCGGCGGACUACCACCGCCGCCUCGGCGUGCUGGCUGGCCAGGAGCUGCGCACGCUGCAGGAGGAGCACCUGGCAGACCUGCUCGCGGCGCCGACGGCCGACUUGUUCAACGGCCUGCUCAAGGCCGGCCUCGAGCGCGGCCCGAUCGCGUUCAAGAUCGCCAACUCGAACUCUGCCGGCGCAUCCGAGCUGCGCGCCGCGCUCCUCAGCGCGGAUGUGCCGGUGCCCGCGCGCGGCCAAAAGCUCUGGACCUUGCUGUCGGGCACCGACCGGUCCGGCGCGCCCGUCUGGAACGGCGGCAACAUGCUGCGCACGCCGCUCGCCCCGCUGCGAGAGGCGCUGAUCGGGCUCGGCAAGCACCGCCUGCUCGCCGCGCUCGAGAAGGCGUACAAGACGCGCCGCGCGCACGUGUACCGCGCCGGCGCCGAGCUCCCAAACCGACAGGGCCACUCCAACGACAAGCCGUCCUACUUCGCGUUUGGCCACGCGUCGCUCGAGUCGUUUGCGCGAUCUGUCGACGCGGCGGGCUGGGCAGAGUACGAGCGCGAGCACUGCGGCUGCUGCGGCGUGGCGCGGCUUGCGCGCGCGCUCGCGGCUGAGCGGCUCCGCUGCCAGCCGGUGGAGGUGUCCGGCGCCGCAUGA